UAGUUUUGCGCCACAGCUAUAUUUCCAUCCUACAAUAAGAAUCAGAUGCUCAUCCCCUCCAUUAUUGAGCAAAGAGGUUAUUGAUCAUCCUAAUCAGAUAGAAUGUAUGUGGAAGAUGGAUCAGGUCAGGAAGUACCGUAUGCGAAAAUUCCUGAGGUCUUACUGCACAGCAUCUAGUAAGGGCUGGGGAGGUAAGGUACCAAGCAAGAAGGAACUGCCAUCAGCUGGUCACUACCAAGGAGGAAAGGUCUGCCAGUAGCACCUUUUUUGUGUUUCCCACCCUGCUUCAAUGGGCCGAAGUGCAAUUGCAAAAUCGGCUGGUCUGCUCCGGGAAAUCAAGAACAAACAAAGCUCUAACCUUAUGAGCCGGGUGCAGCCUUCAGAAGCAAGGUCAGCAGAGACAGCAUUGUGGGUGCCACACCCAAGAACAGGGAUCUACUAUCCCAAAGGCUUUGAAUGGGUCAUGGAGGAUGUCCCCAGCAGUGCAGCUUCAUUCAGGCAGCUGUACUGGCUCAGGAGCGGCGACACAGAAACAGCGAGCUCUCCCACAUCAAAUGAUGCCACUGCCUUUGAUCACCCAUUUGUGUAGAAGCAUGAGAGGCUUUGAACUGGAAGAAUCACUUAAAGAUGCAGUUGUGGAAGUUCUUACCAUUAUGAAAGGUGCAUGCAUCCUAUGAAGCAGUUGUUCUGAUUCCCAGUGCGUAGGUGUGGCAUCCACCGACAGAUCAGGAAUAAAGUUUGCCUUUCUUUUCUCCUUUGUUUUUCUCCAUUUGUUGGCUAAUCAACAGAAAACUCUCCCAGUUGGUACCA